GCGCACUCGCGGGGUCUGGCGGGUUCGGGUCCGAUUGCUGAGCGGAAGACGGUGUGGGAGGGAGGAGAGGAGGCCCAAGGUGGGCGGUGUCAACCUCAGGCACGGAAGGAUUUCGGGGAGUUAAAGUUCCUCGUAAUUUUCGCUUGUUGGAAGAACUUGAAGAAGGACAAAAAGGAGUAGGCGAUGGUACGGUUAGCUGGGGCCUCGAAGAUGAUGAAGAUAUGACACUUACAAGGUGGACAGGCAUGAUUAUUGGGCCACCAAGGACAAAUUAUGAAAACAGAAUAUAUAGCCUGAAAGUAGAAUGUGGACCUAAAUACCCAGAAGCUCCUCCAUCAGUUAGAUUUGUAACCAAAAUUAAUAUGAAUGGAAUUAAUAAUUCCAGUGGAAUGGUGGAUGCACGGAGCAUACCAGUGUUAGCAAAAUGGCAAAAUUCAUAUAGCAUUAAAGUUGUACUUCAAGAGCUAAGACGUCUAAUGAUGUCCAAAGAAAAUAUGAAGCUUCCACAGCCACCAGAAGGACAAACAUACAACAAUUAAUUUUAGUGGAUCUCAAACUUGUCUUAAAUCAACAACCUUCUACUCAUGUUAAUGUCUUGAUUAAAUAUCACAAUGCAGAAUACCCACACAUUAAGUACAAGAAUUCCAGCUGGUAAACAUGACCUGGACAUUUGUAAGAAUAUAUUUAAUAUAUGUACACCAUUAUGUUUUCAGGUUACAGGAGGAAAAAUGCAGCACAAUUUUUUUUCUCUUGUUAAGGCACUAUCAUUUAAGCAUAAACCUGGAGUACUCAAAAUAGAAUUCAGGUUUACAAGAUGAAAGCAUGGAGAGAAGAGUCAGAUGCUGUGGAAGCAUAUGUGUUUCUGAAAAGUAAAAAAAAGUCUCAAGAAGGAAAAACAAAUGGCAUGCUUUAUCCAUCUUGCUUUAGUGAAAGAGCUUCAGUUGAAAUUGUCUAAAGUAGCAGGUACAAUGAAUAUUGUCACAAAUUGUGUUAAUUUUUGAAGCGGUGUGGGUGCUGACUACUAGUAGUAUCAAAAAUAUGUUCAGGAUUGUUUUGAUACCUGUAUUUAUAAUAAAAAAAUGUUGUGGGGGAGGUCGAUGAAUUUCUGUUAAAAGCCGUUCCUGUGUGUUACAUGUAACAGACAUGGUAAAUAUUUGUUUACAGUCUUUGUUUGACAAACCGUGCAUUUAAGUGAAAUCAACAAAAAGGAAAUAGGUGUAUGGAUAUGUGAUUUUGAGAUUAAAGUUAGUCUUAAAAUGUAAAUAAAAUGUGGAACGUGUCCUCAGAAACUGUGCCAUUUCUAUUAUAUUGAUGUGGUAUAUAUACAGUACCUUGCUGAGGUAGCAAAAAUUGGAAUUAUUGUAGCUAUUCAUCUAUAAAUACCUUUUAUUAUUAUCCUAUUUUAUAUACUUCUUCUGAAUUGGAAUUUGCAGAGUAUUUCAGAGAACAAACUACCUAAUUAGUUUAAUUUCUUCUUUGGAGAAAGAGGAAUCCCAGGUAUUAUAUUUUGAAUUUUAGUUUACCAGAACUAUUAUUUAAAAAUGAAUUCUAGCAGUUCUUACAGAAUUAUAAAUUGCAAAUUAUCCGAAUACACAUUCCAUUUUUUCUUUGUAACCUCUUUUUUCUUUAGUUUUCUGUGACAUUUCUUCCCUCAGUGCUUCUAAUACUAAUUGGGAUUAAUUUUAUCGUUUCACUUAACCUCCACUUUGGCGAAUAGUAAUUCUUAAGUGAAAGCUCAUUUAUGGUCUGUCUUAACCAAAAUGACUCAAGGCUUUAGGUCACUGUUUUUCAUUUCAAAGCACUGGCUAUACUACUUUGUUAAAAAUGUUCUUUUCUUAUGAAUUCCCUGAAGAAAAUAGAAAGGCAGUUAGAUAACAGGGACAAAUUUCUCAAAGAUGCCUGACAUGUUAUCAAGUCAUUCACAGUUAAAGCUCUGAGCUACUUUUUUUUGGUUAAUAAUACAUGAAAGUUAGUGACAGUUUGUCUGAAUUUACUAAUUCCUACAUGGCUAUUUUUAAUUAUCAAAGAUGUUUAAAAUGCUUUCAGAUGAUACAUAGAAAUUAUAUACCCACAAAUUAGUGCAUGUGUAAUUUAUUAAAGUAGGUUUGAAAUGAAUUAUCUUGGAAUACAUUCUUAAAAAUUUUAAAUGGUUGAAGAUUAACUUGAAUUACAAUGACUUCAUUUUAAGACCAUUACUGGUCUAAAUCAGACUAGCAGCUACUUUUCCACUUUGGAAGCGUGUCUUGUCGUACAGUGUAGCUAAUAACCAUCUGAAUGUUAAAUUAUAUUGGUGCGCUGAAAAUCUGGGUACCUUGAUCUCUUGUCCUCUUUCCUUUCCAAAUCCACUAUUUUGAAGGGUUUCUUCCCCCAAGUAUAUGUUGUCUGAGUCGGCCUGAGGAUAUUUAUUUCCUGUUUUGUUUUUAGGACUAUGGAUCUCUGCAGAAUUUUGCAUGCCAAUUAGACAGUUUCCAAAGCAGAAUCCAUUUUGCAUGUCACAAUCAAGAUAUACAUGGCAAUCUGAAACACACUGGUUGAUUAUAAAAGGAGCUAAUAUAGAACCACUCUUAAUUAUAGUAACAUUUCUAAGACUGCAUUUUUGAAGCAGUUUUUCCUUUGUUUUCUAAAGUGGCUAAGGUUAUAGGAGUGUAUGGUAUUAAAUGAACUGUAAAAUUGCCUUCAAAAUUUGUUUAAAAGGCUAGCAGUUGUGAUCCUAGGGGAUGAUCAACACAUUUAAUAAAGAUUACAGAAAUGAAAUUCUUCUCCUAUUAGGUCAGUGUUAUGUUUUAAUGGUUUUAGUUACUAGUUUUCAGAAUUGCUGGUUUUAACAUAUUUUUUCUAAUAUUUUUAAAGUGAUGGCAUUUGUUAUGGGUUAAGUGUUACUUUUCAGAAUUUUGGACCAUAAACAUUUGUAAGGAUCGUGGUAUUUGAGUCUUCUGGGUGUAAUACAGAGGAAAUUUAUAAUUUCAAAUUAUCCUUUGAAAAGAAUUUAUCACACUUCAAUUUGAGUAAGUGCUUGGAGAGUACAUUAGUUUUACUCACUAUGGUUUAUUGGUCUGGAUUACUUAAUGCCAAUUCAUUGAUUUUAAAUAUUUCCCACUGUAUAUAUUUUUACUGAUAAAUACAUGUGAAAUUAAUAUUGUUUUAAAAAUUUAGAGGAGACAGCUGGAAAAUAUUAGUACAUUAUCCUUAAUAGAUUUGGUGUGUAUGGCUUUGGGUGGUUUGGGUAGGUGCAUCAUGGAAUUACAGACUUUGGUCAAAACUAUGUUAACCCUUUUAAUGAGCACAUGAUUGUGUUCUUAUGUACAGUUUAAAGAAUGUAAGUACUAAUGAUAAAGUCUACUGUAAUGAAUAGUGGGAUUUGGUAGGUAUUUAAGGAAUUUUCCCCCCUGAUUUCAUUUUAGAAGUAUAUUUUUUAGACCUAUGUGUAGAAUCAUAGUAUUGUUUAUUGCUGGGAAGGAUCUAAAUAAAAGGCACUGAUUUUACUUUUCUGAUAAGUAUCAAUGUAA